GAAGCCUUAGAUAAUAUGUAGGAGCCAAUCACAUAGCUCAGCGCUUUUUCAAUAUUCUUAGAUUAAUACUUGGGUUGGCGUUUAACAAAUUAGCAGGGAGGAACAGUAGAUGAAAGUUGCGGUCGUCUGUGGAUACCCUGAGCCGGGAGACACUGAUAUACCAUAUACUGGUAUAUAUACUAUUGGUUUAUACUGAUAUACCAAUAGUGGCAGACCUUUCAGAGUAGGUUAGAGUCGGAGCGACCAGUGCGUCACCGUGUGUGCAAGACCUCAGGUGGACGCGCCGUUUCUCUACGCAUCUACAAGGAAAGAGGAAUCACGGAAUUUUUGGCGUGCUAUGCCUUCUCAGGACCGGGAAGAAAGUUUGGUUGGAGAGGAGGAAGGACAGAGCGAGGGACGAGGCGACUAAGGCCGGCGACCUGGAUAGUACUGUCUCGCGACAGCAACGCGCUAUGGAGAUGACAACCCGCAACUCGCAUCCCGACGCCAAAGCUGAUGACAGAAACUGUGACGGGCUUGUGAACAGUAACGGAGAUACGACAGAAAUCACCGUUUCGUUAUCACACCCGGGGAAGCGAAUCAGUCCUAUCGAGGGUGGGAGUCUUUAUAGACUCAGGGAUAGAAAGUUUUUACUGGAGGACAAAAGGCGUUUAUGCGCGUGGGGACUGGGAACUGCAGUCCUGGGUAUUUUGCUCAUGAUACUGCAUGCAGAACUGUGUCCCAUCGUCUAUCCACCGGACUCUAUCUACGCUCUCUCCAUCAACGGACUCAUCAGCGUGUCCACAGGCUGCCUACUCAUCCUCGUCCUUGCCUUCCAUUAUAAAGAUGUCCAGCUCUUCAUCAUAGACCACAACCAGGUGGACUGGCGCAUUGCUAUGACAACAAAUCGUGUGCUCGGUAUAUCCCUGGAGUUGCUGGUCUGCGCCAUCCACCCAGUGGGCACAUACCUAGCGCCUGGGGCAGAGCCACCUGCCAUGGAAACCCCUGGCACAAACACGCCCUUUGAUGCCAACUCCACCUCCACACCCCUCUGCCUGUGCAGUAGCCCCAUGGAGGCGUGGCUAGAGGUGGAGCUCCUGCUGUCCGGCCUCAUGUUCCUGCGGCUGUACCUGGUGCACAGGGCCAUACUCCUGCACAGCAAGGUGCUCCUCAGUGCCUCCUACAGGAGCAUUGGCUCCCUCAACAACAUCAACUUCACCUUCCGCUUCGUACUCAAGGUGCUCAUGAACAAGUACCCGGCGCGCACCCUCAUGGUCUUCAUAAUAUUCUUCUGGUUCUCAGCUGCUUGGAUGCUCAGGCUGUGUGAGAGGCAGUUACAGGUGGUGACGGGAGACAUGGGCAUAGCUCUGUGGCUCAUUGCCAUCACCUUCCUCACUGUGGGCUAUGGAGACGUGUCCCCCAAGACCAGCUGUGGCAAGGUGGUCUGUCUUUUCACAGGCGUCAUGGGUGUGGCUUGCACUGCCAUGCUGGUUGCCGUCGUGACGAAGAAGCUGGCGCUCAAUAAGGGAGAGAAACAUGUGCACUUCUUCAUGAUGGACAUCCAGCUCUCCAAAGAGCUCCGCAACGCUGCCGCCAACGUGCUGCGAGAGUGCUGGCUUCUCCACCGGGCCACCCAGGCCAAAGACAGGCAGGGCGAGCAUCGGUACCACCAGAGAUGCCUGCUGGAGGCCAUCCGUGUGUUUCGUCACCUGCGACUGAAGCAGAGAAAGCUGAGAGACUACACUAGUGAGAUGGUUGACCUCUCCAAGAUGCAGAUGAUCAUGUGUGACCUGAGCUCCAACUGGAACAGUUCCUACCGAGAACUAGAACAGCGCAUCAUCUCCAUGGAGCAGAAGCUGGUUGAGCUGGGCCAGUCUUUCCAGAGCACCUCGGAGCUCCUGAGCCAGGCCCUGCAACGCCGCCUCGAUCACAGGUGACCUGUGGGAAAUUUCACCUCUAGCAGACCACAGCAGAGGCUGUGGCACCGUGUCUGACCUCAGAGGGCGUAUCAAACCUGCACCGGCUGCUUGUAGUGGAACACAGAGGGAAAACUGUGAUGUGUGCACCGUUUUGCCUUGUUUUGUCGUGUUUUUUCAACGGACUUCCAGAGCUGCAGGAACUACACAGGACUUCUUGUGAAAGAUUAAGGAAGAUUAAUGAUAUACCGCAUUGCGGUUUUGGAUUAGGAUGAAUCAAAUAUAUUUAUGACAAUAUUUAUGUAUCUACAUUUUGUCACACUGAAAGACUUCUGUGAUGAUUGCCUUAAAGGUAUGAGAUCCUCACAGUUUCAUGAGGACGGAAACACUGGGCUAAUAUGGAAUAUCCAGUAUUGCUUCAAGAGACAAGUCCCAGUGAUAUGAAUGUUUGUUUGUUUGUUUGUUUUUGUGACCCGGCUCUAGCAAAUUAAAAUUACCCAGGUUGUUUAUUUUUCAA